CUCGCUGCGGGAGGAGGAAGUGUCAUGGCGGCGGCUGUGGCGGGUUCUGUCGUUGGCGCGAGCUCGGUGUCGCGCGAGGCCGGCGGAGGCGGCCAAGGGGGGAGCUCGCGGUGGUUCUUCACCCGGGAGCAGCUGGAGAGCACGCCGACCAGGCGCUGCGGCGUCGAGGCCGACAAGGAGCUCUCGUACCGGCAGCAGGCGGCCAACCUGAUCCAGGAUAUGGGCCAGCGCCUCAAUGUAUCACAACUUACAAUAAAUACUGCAAUCGUUUACAUGCACAGGUUUUAUAUGCAUCAUUCCUUCACAAAAUUUAAUAGAAAUAUUAUAUCUCCUACUUCGUUGUUUUUGGCUGCAAAAGUGGAAGAACAGCCACGGAAACUCGAACAUGUUAUCAAAGUGUCACAUGCUUGCCUUCAUCCUCUAGAGGCACAGCUGGAUACUAAGAGUGAUGCAUAUCUUCAACAGGCCCAAGAGCUGGUUAUACUUGAAACAAUAAUGCUUCAAACCUUAGGUUUUGAGAUUACCAUUGAGCAUCCACAUACAGAUGUUGUGAAAUGUACGCAGUUAGUGAGAGCAAGCAAGGAUUUGGCACAGACAUCCUAUUUCAUGGCUACCAACAGUCUACACCUUACCACGUUUUGUCUUCAGUACAAACCAACCGUGAUAGCGUGCGUGUGCAUACAUUUGGCGUGUAAGUGGUCCAAUUGGGAGAUUCCGGUAUCAACUGAUGGAAAACAUUGGUGGGAAUACGUAGAUCCUUCUGUUACUUUAGAAUUACUUGACGAGUUAACGCAUGAGUUUCUUCAGAUAUUGGAGAAAACUCCUAGCAGGCUAAAGAGGAUUCGAAACUGGAGGGCUAAUCAAGCUGCUAGGAAACCUAAAGCAGAGGGUCAAGCGUCUGAGAAUUCACUUCUUGGCUCAUCUUUGGCUCCGAAUUCUCUUUUGGCUGAUGCCGUUGCCAGCGUUUCUUCAAACUCAAGUUUCCAAAAACAGUCAGCACCCACAUUUCCAGCCCCAGUUCCUCUGAACUCAGGAAAUAUUUCAGUUCAAGAUGGUCAAGAAAAUCUGGCAAUGAUGUCAGGAAUGCCAAGUACCUCAUACGGUUUGUCUACACACCAAGAAUGGCCUCAGCACCCAGAACAAACAAGGACAGAACAGAUAUAUUCUCAGAAACAGGAGACAUCACUCUCUGGGGGUCAGUUCAACCUGAACUAUCAACCAAGCACUUCACUGCAGUUACAUUCAGGAUUGCAUCAUAGACCUGACAAACACUCUGAGCAUUCUGCUGCCCACAAAACAGGAAACAAACACUACGGGCAGCUUGCUACUGCCCCCGUAAUAAUUCCUCAGAAAAUGUCAUUGGAUAAAUACCGAGAGAAACGCAAGCUAGAAACACUGGAACUCGACGUAAGAGAACACUACAUGGGCACGGAACCGCCAUGCAAAAAGCACAUGCAAUCCCAGGUGGCAGGCGGCAGUUCGGUUGCUUCCCCUAUUAAAAUGAAAAUCCCCAUUACAAAUGUAGAGAAGCCAGACAAAUACAUGCUCGAUAAAAAAGAAAAGGGUGGUUCACUGAAACUGCGGAUUCCUAUCCCACCCACAGAAAAGAAUCUAAGCAAAGAAGAUUUGAAGAUGAAAAUUAAAGUCUCUUCCUCGGAAAGGCAUAGUUCUUCAGACGAGGGCAGUGGGAAGAGCAAGCACUCGAGUCCUCAUGUUGGCAAGGACCACAAAGAAAAGCACAAGGAAUUUCCUGCAAACCGCCAUCAUAGCAGUAGUCAUAAACAUUCCCAUGCUCACAGUGGCAGCAGUAAUAGUGGUGGCAGUAAGCAUAGUAGUGAUGGAUUGGCACCAGCUGUUCUGAGGAGUCCCAUUGGCUUGAGCAAUGAUGGCAAUUCUUCUGGUUCCGGCUCUUCCAGAAAGAAGCUGCACAGCAAUGAUGCUUCUCACAACCAUCACUCCAAAAUGAGCAAAAGUUCGAAAAGUUCAGGUAGUUCAUCUAGUUCUUCCUCUGUUAAGCAGUAUGUAUCCUCUCACAACUCUGUUUUUAACCUUCCCUUACCCCCUCCUCCCCCUGUCGCAUACCAGGUGGGCUACGGACAUCUCAGCACCCUCGUGAAACUGGACAAGAACCCAGUGGAGAACGGUCCUGAUGUCAGUCACGAGUACAGUACAAACAGUCAGCAUAUGGACUACAAAGACACAUUCGACAUGCUGGAUUCACUGUUAAGUGCCCAAGGAAUGAAUAUGUAAUCAUUUGUUUAGGCCCCUUUUCCCCCUUUUUUAUUUAAGAAUUAUUAAAAUGGAAACCUUCCUAAUCUAAGGAGAGCAACCCCUGAGUUGCUGUUCCAGUUUAUAUAUAUAAAUGUGUAUAUAUAAUAUAUGUAAGUGCUGCUUUAUCUUUCACUCUGAAAAGAAGAGGUAUAGUAAAAUGAGCCGGUCUUCACGUAUGAUAGUGUUAUAAAUGCUGAAAAGACAUGGAAGGUGCACAGAUUACAGUAUUUCUGCAACCACAAUUAAGAGCCGUAAAUUUGAUCGCUGCAUCGAAUAUUCACGCAAUUGAUUAUUUAUAACUGAAUAUGCCAGCUGCAACUUGUCGCUUGGUUUACGAAUGAGUGUAUUUUUGUGUAUUUAUACUGUAUGUAUGAUUUGCAUGUUUCAAAGAAGGGAUCUGUAACAUAUUGACAAUGUUUACAACAAACGUGGAGAGAAGUGUACAUACAUUUUUGUAUGUUUAGAUAUACCAUAAAUACUCAGGAUUGGAGCUGCUUGUAAGUAUAACAGAUAUACAGAACAUUUAUGUCAGAAUCCGUAAGUAAUACAAAAGUGGCACUUCCUGUUAAGCUACAGGCCUUAUUGGAAGCCGCUUCCCAAGAGCACUUCACAGAAUGGGGAUUAUGUGCUGGCAGCGGCCUGCAAUGACGCAGCAUCCCCAGUAAGGUAAUGUGAAAACUGCUCAGGCCUUUAUCAGUGAUUUUCUUUAAGAAAACCCAGUCAAUUGCUGGAUGUCCUUAGCUUUCAGAAGGGGGAAAAAAUAAAAAUUUAUAUAAUCUUUUUGAUGUGAAAGUGCAUUUAAAUGUUUGGCUUGAUGCAGUAAUAGAGACACAGAGCUGUUAAUAAUGGUUAUAUAGAUUAACGUGAUUUAAGAACCGAAAUGCGUAAACUUAUAUAGUGAAAUUAGUAAGUUUUUUUUUUAAACUUAAGUUAUUAGUGAACAGGGGUCACUGUUUUUCAUUAGCAUUUCAUACUGACAACCACGUUUUGAAUUCCAAACAAGUGUGUGUGAUGUGUGUGAAAUGCCAUAUUUCUUUUACAGGUGGAAUACUAUAUCUUUGCAAUAAAUAAAUACAAUUGUUGGUAUCCCAACUUCUUCUCCCUUAUACUCAGACAAUAAAAUAACCAUCACGUCUGCUACGUGAAUUGUACUUGUGAUUGUAGUAUCAAAACUAGAGGUUGUUUUUACAGCUCCGAAUAAUCACUCUCCAAUUAAACCACUAAGUAUACAUUUUUAUGGCUGUAAGUGUCAUCUUGCUGUUUUGCAGUCACCUGCCUUUUGGGGGGGGGGGGGGACAAAUUAUGACCAUUGUGAAUGUUUGUGGGUUUCUGUUAAAGGGCAAUGUUCCUGUUCUACCAGCUGAGCCUAAGUGCAUGGAAGUUACCUCAGCAAAAAUUCAGUAUAGUAGCAAGUGUUACUUACUGAGUAUUUAAUGUACAGACUUUAAUAAGUUGUCUGAGAGGCAUCCAUUACUUAAAUGUGUUCUUGCACAGUUUAUGCUCUAAUUUGGUUAUAAACAUUUCAGAAGUGUGUCUGAAGUUUUAGGCCUUUAGGUACACUAAACAAAGUGCUUUAAAAUCAAAAUGGUUAAGCAUGUAUCCAGUUUGUAGUCACAGUAUCAUGUGACUACUUGUGCAUCAAUUACUAUGUAAUAUUUAGUUGCCAGUAAUGCAAAACUUUGUACUACAUACUUGAAUUUGUUUAUUUGAACUUUGAGUGUGUUUCUUAACACUUCUUGAACGUGGAUACUAUGAAUAAUGUUUCUUCAGAUUUUAAUCUAGUCCUUUGCCCUGCCUUCUGCUUCAUCCAAAACUGUUAAUUCUUUACCCAUGUAAUUUUCUACAUUGAAAUAUUUCUUAAACCCUGUAUUGUGAAUUUUAAUCCUGCAUUGUUGCAUAUUUUAGCCUUUUUAGACUCUUUUCUACCUCAUCCAUGCUUUUAAAUCCUGAAAAAAAAUUGCCAUAAGGUUAAAAUGUCUUAAAUUAUUAUGCCCAUUAGGAAGAAAGCAACCAGUAAAUGUUUACUUUAAAUAAAACUGAUUUACAAAGCUUCAUGGUAUUUGCUUACAAGCAUAUAGAUUUGCAUUGAAAUGCAUUUUACCCAUUAUUGUAUGAAGAUAUAAAUGGUCAUGUGUUCUACAAAUAUAGAAAUUAAUAAAGAUGUAGCAAUUGCCUGUUAUACUUGCAGGGAAAAUUUCAUAUAAUUUCUUGAGGUACUUCAAGUAUUUUGUUGCCUAUUCCCAUACUACAGCAUAUUGCUAUAGGCUGGGACCUGGAUCUUGGCCUGCCUUAUCUUCUGUAUGCUAUAUCUUACUGAAGGAAGGUUUUUACUUCUAUUCCUGUUCUUGUUUAACAAAACUCUGAUGCAAUGAUACAAGCAUAAUUGAACUGGAAUUUGUGCCUAUAAGGAUCAAACAGCAAAUGUACAACAGAAGUCCAAAAUGCUGGCUGGACACAAACAUUUGAGGAGACUGGGACCAAAAUGAAAGCCUGUUCUGAGUAUCAUUGUUAAUCAAAGACUUGAAUUACAUUUUCUGCAGCACCUUCUGAAAAUAUGGUUUAAUUCUUAAAAGUGCAAUCCUAACACUACCCUCCCCGGAGUGAGCACUACUAAGUAGACCUGUGUAGGAUGUCGAGUAGAUUUGCUUAGGAGUGUGUCCUUUAACUACCGGUAUUUACAUUUUUCUGUAGGUUAUCUUAAUUUUUUUUUUAAGUUAGGGAAAUGACAUAGCAAUUUUUAAAAUAAAUUAUCUCAACCAAGGCUUUAAGAACAUGUGCUGAAGUUUGAAAUCUUAACAUUGGAGUGAUUUGGGUUUGGGGGAAGUAUAUGCCAAUAUUCUUACUACACAGUGGAAAGGUGAUGUUUGUUGUUUCUAGUAAGGGAUCGGAAGCCAGUGUGGCUAGUGUGAAAAUUAAUCUCAAGAAUCCUUACUAAGUUUCUACCCUAACAAGAAGCAACUUGAUAGGAACCAUAAACCAUGGUGUACAUCCUGCUUCAAAUGUAUAUGCCCGUGGUGGCGAACCUGGCAGGGGCUGAUGGGAAUUGUUGUCCAUGAACAUCUGGAGUGCCAUAGGUUCGCUACCACUGGUAUAUGCUAAGCUUGUAAAGUGUGUGCAAGUGAUUGUUUCGCCCCUGCAGCUGAUAAAUAGUUACAGCUUCAUUAUGGCACAUUGUAGUUUACAGCAAUGGAGAUUUGGGGGUAUUUUCCAGCGGCAUGUUUUUGGUGGAAACAUUUCUGCCAUUUAGUCUGUAGCCCGUUAGUGUUGACCCUUCUGCAAAGUAGUUAGCCCGUUAGUGCUGACCCUUCUGCAAAGUAGUUGAAUCAGACGGGCUAAAUAUGUGGUGUGAAGUUUGGGUAAAUCCCAUUGCUUGCAUGUGGUAUAUUUUCCCCCUUUUGCUAGACCCAGAUAACUGGUAAUUGAUAGUGGUGCCAUUAAAAAAAUUCUUCAUCGUAGAAAUGUUUCAAAAUAGUUUCCCACCUCUCAGAUACGUGCACUUAAGGAAUAUUGUAGAUGAGAAUGUGCUUGGAGUGAAAUCCUGACGUGAGUUUCUUGUGGCAUAAUCAUUCUUUUAGAAUGAUGCAGAUGUGGGGAAAGGAGGGCCAGAGCUGAAAGGCUGGGAUGGAAUUAAGCAGGUUCAUUAUAGAAGAGAUGCAAAAGUGAAAGGCAGUGCAUGACUUGGUGGAUGUUCCAGUAUGAGGUACCUAAUAUCUGUGAAUGUUGCAGAUACUAUUAUGUGCAGUAGUGGCAUUUGUAUUUGAAACAUUCGUUGUCCGAAAUAUGUUAGGGACAAGGGUCUUCCGCAUCCUUUAUCUGUGACCUUAAGUCUGUGGUGCAGUGUGAAAUAGUAUUAGGAAUUGUCAAAUAAUUUUUUUUAAAGAUGCAUGUGCCUCAUGUUGAUGAGACUAGCAAGAUGGCUAAUGAAAGCCAAGAAAUUAGAAUGUUGUGGGUUUUCCGGGUUGUAUGGCCGUGUUCCUAUAGCUAUUGUAACACGGCCAUACUGCCGGGAAAACCCACAACAUUUUAGUGAUUCCGGCCGUGAAAGCUUUCGACAAAGCAAGAAAUUGUUUUUUUAUUUAAAUUUUGGUCUUGAGGUUUUCUAGGCUGAUACCUUGAAUCCGCUUGAUGGAGCAUGCGUGUCACCUUAUGUAAUGAGAUUCUUACGUCAGGAUUUUAUGAGACAAGCACGUACAAACUUGAGAAUGAAUGGGAGAGCUAGGUUUUUUAAUUCUUAUGCUGAAUCAUACCAUCAUACUUUUCUGAAUCCUACCAUCAGUCCAUGAGGGUCAGUAUUGGUCAGGGGUCUGCAACCUGCAGCUCUCCAGAUGUCCAUGGACUACAAUUCCCAUCAGCCACUGCCAGCACGGCCAAUUGACAGGGGCUGAUGGGAAUUUUAGUCCAUGAACAUCUGGAGAGCCGCUAUUCAGACUGGCAGCAGCUCUCCAGAAUCUCUGGUUGAGGCAUGUCACAUAAUCUCCUGCCUGGUCCUUUUAAAACAGAGAUCCCAAGGACUGAUCCCAGGUAUGCAAAACAGAGCUAUAGCUCUUCCCUGAGCUAUAGCUCCUCCCUUCCCACUCCAUGCUGCCCAAUAGUUCUGUACCAUUUCAUAUGUGCAUUGUUGUCAAGGCCCAACAAAGUAUGUUUAUUACCUAGCCAAGGAAGCUCCCUUGUUGAUUUUGAUUAUAAAAGAGAAAGGGUUAACCAUAUGUAGGCAUUUGACUUGUUUUUUUUUUAAGUAUUAGCAAAAUUAUUUGUGGGGCUUUGCUCGAGAGACAUAACUGCUUCCAGUGGAAACACUUUUCUGCAACUUUGCAAAGUUUGACUUCCAAUUACUUUCUUUUGAAUGUCUACUAUACAAGUAGAUGGAGCUGUGUUCUGUGUCUACUACUGGAGCAGCAUUGAAAACAAUGUAAUAAAAUUGCUUAUGCAAAUUAAAGCGA